UGAAAAACUUUACCUCCGUAAUUUCUCUUUACAACGUGGCAACAAAGAAAUCAGCGUUGCUGCUGGCACACUGUAAUGCCAGAAUUCCAGUCUGGAGAACCAGAUCUUUAUCUUAAAGCUGCACCAAGGACUAAGACUGGCUGUGAAUCUUGGGCUGUUGGCACCCAGGUAAAUUCUGAAGAACUGCGAAUUCAAAUUUGGUGGCUUGAGAGAUUGACUAUGGAUAUCAAGGAAGAGAGAGCACUGGAGGAAGAACAGCAGUUUAUUCCAUCUGCACAGGCGGAUAAUUAUGCAGAGUCUAAACUCACACGUCUCAAGAAGUUUGUUAAUGAACCAAAGUUUGAAUUCAGUCUUGCAUGUAAAGAUUUAGUGGCUCCUACACGGGAUCGAAAACUGAAUACAUUUGUGCAGGUCACUGUAGUGCAUCCAGGGGAACAGAACCAAACAAGAUACGCAAGCACGGAAAUUGUGGAGGGAACAAAAGACCCACUGUUUUUGACUGGUGUGACGUUCCCCCCAGAUUAUCCUAUCUACGAGGAGACUAAAAUAAAGCUAACAGUCUAUGAUGUCAAGGAUAAAUCUCAGGACACAGUUCGGACUAGCAUCCUGGCAGAAAACAAAGAUCCAAGGACAGACAGUGGGCGAAGUUUCCUGGGUUCUGCUACUUUUAAAGUAGGCGAGUUGGUGAAGUCAGAAGAGCAGCAGUUGACUCUUAGCCUCAGGAGUUUAGAUGGUGGGAAGCCAUUUGGCACUAUAGAUGUCAGAUUUAUAAACAUGGGGAAGACUGAAGAUGAGGAAUCAAAUCAGGUCACAACAGAUGGAAAAGAACAAAAGUGUGCCUUGGUUUCUUCAUGUUCAUCUCCAGAAAACAUAAUUAAUAAAGAUAAUUUACCAUUAUUAAAUGCAGUGUUAAAAAACCCAAUAUGUAAAUUAUAUACGUUCCCCACUUCUGACAACAAGUGGAUGUAUAUACGAGAACAGAUGUUUGAGAGCAAUCUUUCUUUUCAUAUUCCCAAGGAACUCAUCAGCCUACACAUAAAGGAAGAUCUCAGAAGUACUGGGUACCAGUGUAUUUAUUAUUCACCUGAAAACACUGCCAAGGCAAGAGAAGUUCUCAGUAACAUCAAUCAAUUACAGCCUCUCAUAUCAAGUCAUGCAGACAUGUUACUUAAUUCGGCCAGACAGCAGUUGCCAGAAAGCUUGAAGAAUUCCUUAACGAUGCUUUCAGAAACUACAGAGUUAUUUGUGCAUGCCUUUAAGGAUCAGCUUAUCAGAAGUGCCCUUUUAGCUUUAUACACAGCCCGCCCUGGUUGUGUCUUAAAAAAACCAACUUUACCAAGGAAUAACACUGAAGAAAAUAGCGAACAGCAAAAUCAGGAUCAUCCAUCACAAAUCAAGAGACAAGAUUCCAUACCUCACCACUCAGAAUAUGAUGAGGAAGAGUGGGAUAGGGUGUGGGCCAAUGUAGGGAAGAGUUUAAACUGCAUUAUUGCAAUGGUGGACAGAUUGCUUGAAAAGAAGAACACUCCCAGCAUCAGUAAGGAAAAUGAAAAAGAACCUUCAUCAGAAUCUCAAAUAAGUGGUGACUGGUAUGAACAACUGUACCCUCUCACAGUUACACUGAACGACUGUAUUAGAGAAGUGGUGACUAGAGCAAAGGAGUCAAUGUCUUUUGUUCUGCUUCAGGAGCUUUCAUGUUGUUUGCCACAGUGCUUAAUGUUGACAUUAAGAAGAGAUAUAGUCUUCAGUCAAGCACUUGCUGGAUUGAUCUGUGGAUUCAUCAUCAAGUUACACUCCAGUUUACGUGAUCAAGGCUUCCUCCAGCAACUUCAUUCAGUGGGCCUAAUUGUUCAGUAUGAAGGACUUCUCAGUACAUAUAGUGACGAAAUUGGGAUGCUAGAAGAUAUGGCUGUAGGAAUAUCAGACUUGCAAAAAGUCAUGUUUAAAAUAACUGAAACUAAAUCAGAUGACAUACUGCCUGUUAUAACUGGAAGACGGGAACAUUAUAUAAUAGAAAUAAAGCUUCCAGAAAAGAUGUUUGAAUUGCUUCCUCAAGAGAUUAAAGAUGGAAAACUGCUCUAUGUCUAUCCAGUCCUCUUUAAUGUUGGAAUCAAUGAACAACAAACACUUGCAGAAAGGUUUGGGGAUACCUCCUUGCAAGAAAGCCUUAACCAGGAAAAUUUGGAAUUGCUAAAAGAAUACUAUAAGUUAUUAAUGGAAAAAAUGCCUCCUGAUUGCCUACCACAUUUUCAGGACCAGAGUGAUUUAAAAGGAUUACUAGAAAAUCUUCAUCAAAAUAUUCAGACUAAAAAAAGAAAGAAUGUAGAAAUCAUGUGGUUGGCUGCAACGAUUUGCCGCAAGUUAAAUGGUGUACGGUUCACCUGCUGUAAAAGUGCCAAAGAUAGGACAUCAAUGUCAGUGACACUGGAACAAUGUUCAAUUUUAAGAGAUGAGCAUCAUUUGCACAAAGAUUUCUUUAUUCGAGCACUGGACUGCAUGAGGAGACAAGGAUGCCGCAUAGAAAAUGUCCUGAAGAAUAUCAAAUGCAGAAAGUAUGCUUUCAACAUGAUUCAGCUGAUGGCUUUCCCCAAGUACUACCGGCCACCAGAGGGAACAUAUGGAAAAGCUGACACCUAACCUCUUAGACAAAAAUGCCCUUUUGAAAUUUUGCAGGAUUACACAGCUCCACUCAUUAGUCAACGCACAUAUGUUUUGUGUGUUUUACAGAUUGGGAGAAUGCCUUUAAGCAGACAUACCUAGGAUUUGUUUUACCAAACUGUACCAUCACUCAAAAGAAAUUUCAGUAUAUAAUGGUAGAUUGAACAUCCAGGCAUUGAGUUGUCUGUUCAAUAAAUACAGAAUUUCCAUAAAAUACGAUGUAUAUCAUAGGCUCACUAGAGUUAAAGGUUUGAUCUACUGUCCAAUAGAAAGGUAAAUCAUAACUCUGGACUUUAAAUCUAGCUCUUGAUAUUGCUUGCUGGAAGUAAGAGCAAUGUCAAGUUGCUACUUUGGUGUUAUAUAUAAAAUUCAUAAUAGAAUUUGAAGAAAAGAUUUUUAUUACUUUGUCUUAUUAAAUAUGUGGAGGUAUCACAUUUUCUGGGUUAUUUUUGCAGUUCCAUCUAUAUUUACUUCCAGCUUUUUCUUUUAAGUUCAUUCAUGUUGGUGGCAUGUUGCAACCACCCUGUAAGCAGAACUAGUGUUUCUUAACUAAAAGAACAUUAAAGACAGUCUAUAAGAAGAUACUAGAAACUUAUUAUUUGAAAAUACUGAAAGCAAGAAGGGAAAUACUGUAAAGAGCCUUUAUUGGUAGCUUAAAAGAAUGUUUACAUUUGAAUAAAAGUUAUAGGAUUUAAAACUGUUGGAACUGUUAGAAUUAAAUAUUGAUCAGAAUGAAGAGUUGAUUAGUUGACAUUUUGGUUAAUCUAUUAUCAUCCAUGGAAGAUUAAACUUUAUUUUUACAUGCUAAAAGGUAAGAUUUAUUUAGAAAUUAAUUUGUGAAUGUUAAUACAGAAUUGGAAAAAGUGCCUUUUGUGUAAAAUACAAGGUUAGUGUAUUAGACUCAUAGUUGCUACAAUGUAAGCUAUCAUUUAUACAAAUGGUGCUCUUUAAGAAAUUUAGACUGAUGUCAUGUUUAUUAUGAAACAGUGACAUCUGGCAAAUAAAAAUUUGGCCAGGAUGUUGAAAUAUAUCCAAUUCAAACAUUUAGAAUGACUUUGUCCAGCCAAAACUUCUAUUAUCUACAGGCAGCACGAUGAUACUUCUUGGGGUUGUCCAACUGUUUUACAAAAUGAAAGUAACUAAUUUUUUGCAGAAAUAAUAACCCGGAAAUUGAAUCAAACAUUGUGAAGUAUCAAACUCCAAGUUGAUUUUCUUCUUUUUCAUCUCUUUUUAACCACAGAGGUCAGCUCUCUGUUAUAAUAUGUCAGAACAAUAUAUUUUAAAAUUAUAUUUAAAAAUGCUCUAGGGGAUUGUAAAUCCAUUCCUUUGUAAGAAGCUUACAUGAUCCUUUAGGAAUCAAAAUUGUUUUGAGGUACAAGACAUUGGCUUCUCAUUCUUUAUAGUGCCAAAAGUAUAGUGUUAAAAUGCUAUCAGGCACCCCAUUUUAAUAAUACUGAAUGAUCAGUGAAGUAAAUUUCCUAUUCUUUGCUUGCUUUACAUGGGAAUGAAUAAUUGAGUGCAUAGUCAGUUUUUUAUUAAAGUAGCACAUUCCUGAAACACAGAUCCUGCAGCAAAAUAUCAAAGCAUGUAUAAAGAGCUAGCUACACAUGAAACUUGAAUACGAGAUAUCAUCAAACAUUUGCAUAUAAUGUAAUGAUUUUGGAAGGACCUGUACAUGAAAAAAUUGCAUUAUAUAUCCAUUAGGAUUGAAAUAAUAUAGCAACAUAUUCUAAUAACGAAGUGCAUUUCUUGCUCAAAUGAACAAUAUGGGGAUACUUUUCAUAAAAUGAACAGCAAGUAAUACCAUCUUCCAAGUACUCUUUCUAUACAUGUUGACUGAAGUGAGGAAAGGCUAUUCAGGAUUGCUACUAUUUAAUUACUUCUGCUGGGCAGGUCCUGAAGAAUUAUCCACUGAUAAUUCUUUUCUCCACUUCAGUUUUAUAGUCCUUACACUACAACUAAACACCCCAACAGUUUUUCUUAAGAUCAUUAUAUACAACUCAUUUUCAAGCUGUUGCUACUAUGUGAUUUUUAACUUGUAGAAAGAUGAAAUAUUUUAAGAAUUUAUUCUCAUCCCAGGUUGUAUGGCAGAUGAGAAAGAAUUCUAUGAUAGCCAGGAUAAGCUGAUAUACAAAACUAUCAAUAUAAUGCAGUUUAAAUUAUAGUCCCAUGAAAAAUGUUAACUGAACGAGCAUAUAUACCUGGUAUGUUUAAUAGACAGAGACAGAGAGUGUGUGUAUUUGUCCAAAUACUCAGAGAUGAAUGCAGAACAGAUAUAAAAAAAGUGAAGAUGGUGGCCAUGACUAAAACUUUCCCCUUUGUAUGUGUAUACGCAAAAGAAAAAGGGCAUCAGUUGUUUGAUUGCAGCUGCCAUCUUGAUCUUGAUCUUUUACCCACCUCUGCAAACAUCCCUGAAAAUAAUCUAUAUUUUAAUAAUUUUAAAUGGUAGUACAACACACUAGUAUAGGCUCAUUGUUUUAUAGCAUUACAUUGUUUAGAAGAAUCUUUUUCCUCUCUUUACUUUGUGGCAUUUUCUUUCUUGUUUCUGGAACCGUAUGAGGUACCAUUCAUUUUCUGAUAUCAAAUUCCAAAAAAAACCAUAAUAGGUCUUUUUUGUGAGCAAUCAUUGAUCAUGUAAAAAUUUUAAAAGGCAGGUAAUUAUGAUCAUUGAAAAAAUAUUGCAAAUAAAAUACAGGGUCUGAUGUAUGGUUCAGUGUCAUAGGAAAAUGUUUGUUUAUAAUUGUAAUCCACCUAAAUUCCAAGUCCCUACAGGUACAAUCAUAUUUGUACAUACUGCAUCUAACUGUUUUUGAAAGUGGAUUUUCAAAAACAGUUUGUGAUAUCAGAUAGCAAGAGAAGUAUGUGAGAAAUAGAGAAAUGUUUCCUCAGAGCAAAAAUUUAAACAAAGUUUAUUAGCACAUUAAUAACCUUCACGCAUGAUCAGAAACUUUACUUGACUGUGGCUUAGUAUACAGUUUCAAAAUUAUUACUAUUACAUAUGUGCUGUUCACAUGAAGAAAUGUGAAGAAGCAAUGAUUAAUUUUGCCAUUAAAACAUCAUUAUGAAGAAGUAAAUGGAAACAUUUAAUUAAAUUGUGAAACAACCUGGGUGUAUUUUUGGAAGCCUGCUUGAUUUUUAUUAAAUUGGGCCAUGGUUUAUAAAUAUUUUGCUUUUAUGCAUGUUAUCUGUUUUUUUUAAAUCAUUUUGCCUAUUAUUUUAGAAACUGUAAGAAUUCAUAUGUGUAAGCCAUAUCCAUUGUACAUUAUGCGUGCAUGUAUUUUUAUUUAAAUAAAACUCAUAUUUUCAUA